UAGAUCAUACAGUAAGCACUGUCUGUCAGAUGACACUAACGAUUCUAAUUUGAAAUUCAAAGUGAAAUCGGAUAGAACUGGGGGCCUCAAGCGGCGCCGAUCCCAGCGGACAAUUAGCGGAGAAUCUUGAGCGUCGGCGCUGAAAGCUAAAAAAGCAAACAAAAACGACAACCACAAUAAUCAGACUCCGAUAAGCCGAGCCGACGGAGGCAAACAAAAAAGAAUAAAUGGAUCUGCUGGGACCGGCCGGGAAAUCAGUUGUGAUUCAGCUGGCAAAUCAGGCGAAGUACAGAUUCCGACCCUUAGAGACGAUGGCCACCUACGAGCAGGUUAAGGAUGUUCCCAACCACCCCGAGAUCUAUCUGAUCGAUGUCCGGCGACCCGAUGAACUGAAGGAAACUGGUAGCAUCCCGGCCAGUCUGAACAUUCCUUUGGAUGAACUGGAAAGGGCCCUGAAUCUGGACAGUUCCGGUUUCAAAAACAAGUACGGUCGACCCAAGCCGGAAAAGAAUACCAAAAUAAUAUUUUCCUGUAAAUCGGGCAACCGGGUCCUGGAGGCCGAAAAAAUAGCCAAAACUUUGGGAUUCACAAAUGUGAUAAUUUACAAGGGAUCCUGGAAGGACUGGGCCCAAAGGGAAGGCCUCUGAGCAAUACUAGUUUCUUAAUCCUAUUGUGUUAAAAUGGUUUUUCUUUUAAAUAAAUUUUGAAAUAAAGUAUGAA